AUGCCACGGCCCCAAACGCGCCCAGUGUACAAGCGCUACCUGGUGGACUGCUUCUUUGCAUCGCUGCGGGAGCUUGACCCGCAGCAGGCAGAGCAGCUUGCCAGCAACGAGGCAAAAAACAAGCGCACCUUGAAAGACAAGAUGCUGGGCAUGGUGACUGAUGACGCCGACGAUCCCUGGCAGAUGCUGGCCCUCAUGAUGGUGGCCUCUCUGCUGCGGUCAUGGCGCUGGGUGCGAAUGGGUGCGCUGGGCUACAUUGUGGUUCCCCUCGCGGAGUUCCUCAGCAUACGCUACAUGGUGGGGAGGCCCUUGGCGGCAGGCGCUCUCACUGCAGUGUCGUGCCUCGUCCCGCCUGCGGCUCCCCUGGUCAUGGACUCUGUGGAAGUUUGGGCCAGUAGUCGCGCCCUGGGGCAGAGCAGCAUGCGCCACUUUUUGGAGCGCGCCAUCCCGAAGGGGCGCCACGCCGCCUUUGUCAGGUGCAGUGGUCUGCGCAGCACGGGAUGCGCAUAA